GAGUGGCGAAUGUUCAAGUGUAAGGUAUUCCCACUAAAUUUGCCGACACCGUCGGGCAGUUGUGUUCGAUCAUUCAACCAGAACGGUUGACUCUUUCGGUGAUUACUUUAGGCGCGUUCCGCGGAUCACCCUGGAUCCUUCGCACAUCCCGCUCCAUCGUGAGCUGUAGUUUUGUGCACGGUUGUAGAUCUUCAGUCUACCCUGCACCCCAUCUGCACAUCAGGAAUCUCCUCCCCCCGUCAGGUAGUUCUCUGUGUGCCCGUUAUUGUGCUGGUAUAUGUAUAUUGCGUGGCUGAGUCAGGUUGUUUUUGUUGAGGUCUUGAACCUAUAGUGUGUAGUGAUCCCAGCCUCAGCUGAUGACGACGAGAUGGAAGUUCAAUUUUUUACUGCUGUUGUUGUUUUUGCUGGUUGCAGCUUAGAGGAUUAGUGUUUGGUGACAACCCCUUUGCCACCUUGAGCUGUUGGGGGUAGUUGUUCGAUACGGAUCGCGUAAGCUGCUGCGUGGUGUCGUAUUGAACUUUUCGUAGUAAAGGAAGUGAUUUUGCUUCGGAGUUUGUCCAGCUUCGAUAGAAGCUGUAUGUAUGUGCGCGUUGACACACAAGAAGUUUGCGUAUUACGGGCGAUUUAACGGAUAAUAGAGUUUCGGUGUUACUGAAAAGUCGGUUAAGGAGUGCACAGCAAGUAUUGAACCAGUACAGUCUGGUGUUUCGUGUGAGUGCUGCUGAAGGUGGACACGCGUCAGAAAACUGGUUUCCAAAGUUGAGCCGAUAAUGCUUAAAGUGUUUAGCAGAGCUGCGGUUCAAAUUAAAGUUCAUUAAAAUUUAAUAGCCCAUGUAAGGUGGCUUGCAGCGAAAACGUGUCCUUUGGAGGUUUAAAUGCAACUUUCGCUCACAUGUGUUCUGGAUCGGUCUGUGGCUUAUCGUUCAAUAGUCUCAGUGUAUGAAUGACAUCGGCACAUAAAACUGGCUUCGGAUGGGGAGGUUCACUACUCUGUCAAGUAGAAGCAAGAUUAUGCAACUCUUGCUCUCCUCGCGUACCCACCAGCAGUGUUUACGCUGCUGAAGAGCAAGUUCCAUUGAUGUUAGCAAUUGUCUAUAAAGGAGAGAAGAUAAAUAACGAGAAGAACCUCAUGUGAAGGCCCAAUAAGGAAAGACGUUAAUGCAGUGAAUUAUUUAUCAGUUUAUUCGAAAGACAUGGGCAAAGAAAAUAGCGACAACGAAUCGAGCGAAAACAAAAACGUCAUAAAAGUGGGUGGAACGCAAAACGUGGAGUGAAAUAAAGCAUUACUGAUUUUACGAGAUGAGCAUUAUCGCCAGGCAGAAUAAGCUACCAGUAUGCAAAAGAUUUGCGCCCUUAGGCUCACGUGAAUGAAUCGGCGGUAGAUGAAAAGUGCUUGGGGUGUCAAAGUUUGGAGUGGAGUGUUCAAGUUCGCAAGUGGCAAAUUGGAAACCGAAGAAUUGUAAUCGCACUUUAGUGUAUGGCUCUACUCGUACUUGCGUGUUGUUAGUGUAAUUAACAUGCUGUGACAGCUGUUGGGGUGUAAAGGCAUAGUGAAGCCACAUGUGAAAGUUCAUUUAGCGUUAUCUAACGGGGGUCUAUGUGAAGUACGCUAGAGUGUAAGUAAUUAUUCAGAGUGGAAAAUUUAUGCAGUUACAAUUGAAAACAUGAAGUAGAAAUACACCAAUGACAAAUAAAAAGUUAUGAUGAUUGAAAAUAAUCCACGCAAAAAUGUUUUCGUACUACCACAUAUGAAGAAUGUCGAAUAGUUGAUUGGUAAUCGUAGCUGAGUUGUAUCCAGUAACUUUCCACAAAAUAGGGUUGUGUGAACAUUGCCAGCCGUUCAACCCAUGUACAGUUUAAAUGAUGGAAGCCGUUGACCGAACCUUUUAUGGUUUUGUACAGUUUAGUCCACCAUAAAAUUUUUCAAAAAGGAACGACGACUCACCACCCGCCGCUGAAAUUCGUUCAAAUGAGACCCACCGCGUGAGCAUUGGAGUGACAGCAUAACCGCGCAGCGCGUACCACUAGAUAAAUCUGUUCUGUCAUUUACGUUCGCGUGUGUUUAGUGUAGUUUGGGAUUGCAGCUUGCUCUGGUGGGAAGUGGCGGUGCUCUCUCCCACGGUGUGUUUCAGCGUUCGACGUACGUCAAAUACGUCGUCAUCACAAAUCCAGACCAGUCCGAGCAACUAGUAGAAGACAUAAAUAGUAGUGCAAGAGGAAAAAAAUAUGAAAACAAAAAGUCGACGUGUUUUGUUACUGCUUCCUAUUGGUAGUGGCCAUAAUGGUGCUAGUAGCGAUUUCUGGUGGUAUAAUAAUCGUUUUCGUUUAGUAUAUAUUCACAACAAGUGAUUUGUCCUCGUCGUGCUAAACGGAGGAUAAUUGAGUAAAGUAAGUGAGUGUGCUAGUGCUUGGUGCUAUGGCGGUUCGCUUCACCAAUCACCUAACGAUGAAGGGCCACGUGGUUUUGGUGCUGUUUAUAUUGUUGCUGUUUCAAAUGUACACUAGCAGCGUGUUUGGGCUGAGUCCCACACUGCAAACUACGAGCCAAACUAAAAUGAUGUUAAAAGAGAGUUUGCUGAUUCCAUCGAUUGAUUCGGAAAAGGAAGCGAAAGCAAUGUAUGAGAAAGCUUUACAGCAGUACGGUAUUGUUGGUCGAACGUUGAAGGAAAUCUGUAAGCCGUGGCAAUCCAGAGGUUGCCAGUGCGUCGGAUCGUCUGAGGAGGUAGCCCUGACAUGUCGGUUUAUAGGGUUGGGUGUAGUGCCGAUGGAUUUGCCUGCUGAGCUUGUUAAACUAGAUCUCAGCGGCAACAACAUCUCAAGUUUACCAAAUAAAUCGUUCGAUUCGCUGCCAAAUCUGGAAGAAUUGAUCCUUUCCAACAAUAGGAUAGACCGGAUCGACAUCGAAGCCUUCUUCGGGUUGUCGAGCCUGAAAAAGCUGGUGCUCCAAAACUGCGGCCUCGUUGGCAUUCCAUCAGAUGCCCUGCGAAGAGUUCGCACCAUUUCCUCCCUCCAGCUGGACAGCAACCUGAUAGCCGGGGUGGAAAACGUAACCUUUCGAGGGUUCAACUAUCUGAAGAGUUUGAGACUGGAAGGCAAUCUGCUGCAACGGAUCCCGACGGAGGCGUUGAUCGGAUUGAGAUCACUAGAAGCUUUAAACUUAGGAAAUAAUUUAUUAACUAGUAUUAAGGUUGGAGAUUUUCCGCUUUUGGAGAACUUACAUAUUUUAUUAGUCAAGAGGAAUCAAAUAAGCGAAAUAACUUCCGGUGCUUUAGCCAAUUUAACUCGUUUAAAAGUUUUAGAAUUAGAUGAUAAUGUACUAAGUUCAGUGCCUGCUGGCUUGGGAAACCUUGGGAUGCUGCAAGAACUGUCAGCAUCCGGCAACCGUAUCCGAUGGAUCUCAAAGGAUGUUUUCCCGAAGAAUCUAGUCACACUAGAGCUCAAGUCCAAUCCACUGGCUGGCAUCAAGCCAGGUGCGCUGCAGAAUCUGCCGCGUCUCCGAAAGUUAAUUCUUUCCGAUGUCCGAGGCCUCCAAGAACUACCUCCACUAGAUGGCUGUACCUCGCUGGAAGUGCUGCGUGUCGAUCGAGCGAACCUAUCCAAAAUACCUGACCAUAUUUGUAAGACUUCGCCGCGCUUGAGGAGUUUAGACUUCAAGUCCAACCGAUUGAGGAGCAUUCCAAAUAUGACCAACUGUCGUGAUUUAAGAGUAUUAGAUUUAGCCGCUAAUAGCAUAAGCUCGCUCCACGGAGCACCGUUCUCUAGUCUCAGCCAGCUGCACGAUCUACUCCUUUCGCACAACGAAAUCGAAUCGAUUCCGUACGAUGCAUUCAUUGGCCUGUUCCGGUUGCAAGUAUUGGAUUUAGAAGCCAACCACAUAUACUUCAUCCACCAGAACGCAUUCAAGCAACUAGUCAAACUGGAAGAUUUGAAUCUGGGCAACAACAUAUUUCCACAUCUUCCAACGGUUGGUUUGGGGCGACUGCUGCAUUUGAAGACAUUCAACAAUCCAAACCUGCGAGAAUUUCCACCGCCGGAAGCUUUUCCGCGCAUUCAAACGCUUGCAUUAUCAUAUGCUUACCACUGCUGCUCGUUCCUGCCGUUAGUGGCCAGUUCUCCUAAAGUUCCUAAACAUCAUCCCAUCAAAGAGGAGGUUCUAUUCCCGACUGAUAACGAGUUCGAUAUGAGCUUGUGGAACAACAGUUACAACGAUUUGUGGCCGCAACUACAUAACCUUAGCAAAAAGUUCGGAACACAAAUUAACGACUUGCUGCACUCGUAUGGUUCAGAAUACUAUACUGGUGGAAUGCCGACCUAUCCGGAGGAAUACUUCGAGGAGGAAGGUGGCGUUACACAUGCUAUGCCAACGGCUCAACCAGGUACCGUCCAUUGUCUUCCAGAGCCGGGUCCAUUUAUGCCUUGCCAGGAUUUGUUCGACUGGUGGACUUUACGUUGCGGCGUUUGGGUAGUGUUUCUGCUAGCCAUGCUGGGCAACGGAACUGUCGUGUUUGUGCUGAUUUUUUCCAGGUCGAAGAUGGAUGUUCCACGAUUUUUAGUUUGUAAUUUGGCGGCUGCUGAUUUUUUCAUGGGAAUCUAUCUGGGAUUUCUGGCGGUUGUUGACGCUUCCACACUGGGAGAAUUUCGGAUGUAUGCGAUUCCGUGGCAGAUGAGUGCGGGAUGUAAGCUGUCUGGAUUCCUAGCAGUGCUGUCCUCUGAGUUAUCUGUCUAUACGCUGGCUGUAAUUACACUGGAGCGCAAUUAUGCCAUUACUCACGCAAUGCACCUGAAUAAACGCCUGUCACUAAGACACGCGGGCUAUAUUAUGACUGUUGGAUGGACUUUCGCUAUAACAAUGGCCAUUCUUCCGCUGUUUGGAGUUUCGGACUAUCGAGUGUUCGCCGUUUGUUUGCCGUUCGAAAUCAACAACGGAACCGGCAGCUUAGCCUACGUAGUGUUCCUGAUGUUUAUUAAUGGAGUUGCGUUUCUUAUCCUAAUGGGAUGUUACUUGAAAAUGUACUGUGCCAUACGAGGUUCUCAGGCCUGGAACUCAAACGACUCGCGAAUAGCGAAGCGUAUGGCGCUGCUAGUCUUCACCGAUUUUAUAUGCUGGUCUCCAAUUGCUUUCUUCUCCUUGACUGCUGUUUUCGGACUGCAUCUAAUCUCUCUAGAACAAGCCAAAGUGUUUACGGUAUUCGUGCUACCUCUAAAUUCCUGCUGUAACCCGUUCCUGUAUGCCAUUUUAACCAAACAGUUCAAAAAAGACUGCGUCCUCAUUUGCAAAGCGAUUGAGGAGUCCCGCGUAACUCGCGGAAUUGGCCGUUGCCGACAUAGUUCCAACUUCAGCAACCGGCACACGCCGGCUAAUACUAACUCGCUGGUAGAACGAUCAUCGCGAGAACUCCCGCCGCUACUUCCUGGUCAAAUGUGCAAUUGCUCGGCCAAACUUAUGGAGCAGGAAAACAUGCGACGUCGCUUCCAGCAGGAGAAUACCUUUCCCAAAACGUGGCGCCGAUUGCUGUGCAACCUUGGACAACGAAGUGACAAUCGUCGUGGAGGGCGAAAUGGCGAUCAAUACGCCUAUCAGAUUGCUGAAAUACAGCAGAAGCAGCAUAAACGAACGGGAUCGAUGUCAUCAAGUGAGAAUUUCAGCUCAUCUCGCUCCGAUUCCUGGCGACAUGCUCAGCAUCAUUGCGGUAUUCCCCUCCGGUUGCUGGAUCCGAAGCGACGGCACACUUCGUGGUUAAUCACCCGCAAAACUUCACAGGACUCGAAUCUGUCCAGUUCACGAAACGAUUCGUCUGGGUCAACCGCUACGCAGAGUACCGGAACGUGGCGGAUAUCACGGUCGAGUGCCAGCAAUUCGGUGGUGUUGCCUGGGCUGAAAAUCGACGGCGUUCCGCAUCCACAUCAUACAAGUGGUGCCCGACAAUCCAUUCCCGGUGGCAAACCACGCUUGGUGCGACAAUCUGCCGUCCAGGAUGAUUCGCAGGAGCUGUCUUGUUCACCUCCGCGGCUAGGGGUUCGCUUCUUGCCGACAAUACCAUCAGCGGCUGACAGUAGCGUACAGUUGGAUGACGAUACUGCCGAAGCGCAUUCCAGCCCCGGUUCCAGCCAUGGAGAGCGUGACCAAGAGGAAUCACCUGCGGCGGUAGUGACGACGACGACACCGACUACUGCUGUUGGAAGUAAUGCGGGUCCAUUGUCGCCAUCCCCGUUCUAUGCCAUCCUACACAGUGGAAACCCUCAAGCAGCUGUAUCUAGUCUCAAGGAUAAAACUAAACCACCGUGAGCCAAAUUGCCGGUCGGUGAUCCAAUUUAGGCUAAGCGAAGCUGCAAGUAUUAAUUGUGAAAAUGCUUAGUCAGUGUUCAGUAAUUAGUCAAAAUAAUGAAAGUAUUUCGGAACCUUCGAGUAAAUAUUGUUGACAAAAUUCGGUUAUUUCCUCCCUUAAAAUAUUUAAGCCUGAUGUUCUCCGACGGAAUCUGUACAUAUUUUAUAUUACAAACAAUGUAAGGUAAAUGCAAAACAGUGUGAUACUAAAAUGAAUACUUCAUAUUGCCUAGAAUAUUAAAAUUAUUUAUUUUCAAUUAGAAUAGUAUGAUCGAAUGGGGCAUUCAAUGAAAAAAAAGUCAGCUACCAAUCCGGACCGAACAGCAACUUUGCAGAAAAGCAAGUAUGACGCGUCUCCACUUGUUCCGCAUAGUCUAGUCAAAAUUAUCACGAGUGCCAGUAUACUUUAAUACGACUCAAAUCGUAUACAAGUUACUUGCAUGCAAUGUCGCUGCGGUUUGCAUUCCAGUAGCGUUCGAACAAGUGAAAAGCUCGCGAUAUGCCUGCUAGUUAAAUGUUUUCUAACCAAACGGUUUUAUCGCACUCCAUUGAACUAGCGACAGUGCAAAAAAACUUGAAUCUUACAUCCAAAGCUCGAGCAAAGUUCACCGUCCACAGACAAUAAAUUCUUGCAACCCAAUCGAAGUAAUAAUCCUGAAUAACAACCAUAACACUCACGAUUGAAACGAAAUAAAUAUUUACAUUUCAAUACAACACAAAACAUCAAAUGCUGCCAAAAAAUUUCGGAUACUUAGGAUAUAUAUGCUGAAAAUAAGUAAAAUGAUUAUCUCGAUGAUCAGAUCACUGCCAUUUAAAUCAAGUUUGUUUUGGAAUUUUAUGAAACAAAACGUAGAUUUUCUAGAAUAUUAAUAAGAGUAAAAGGGUACAACUGUGUGAUACCAAGAUUGAACUGAGCGAAAAGAUACGUUUCGAACGAAAAGUAGAGGGGACACGAAAAUCAUCCGUUCACUCAACAGUAUUAUUUCUCUAAACUCAAUAAUCUUCGGAAUAAAAAUAUUUAACAAAUAAUAUUGUACAUAAUUAAAAUCCCCGGGAGUUAAGCAUAAAUAACAAAAUUUACUAAAAAAAAACUACACAAAACACAACCUCUUAACAUUCUAUAUUCGUUGCGUGUUGCCUGUUGUGUAAGGAAGUGUGUUGCUAUAUUGGUAGAAGCGGAUAAUUGUGGAGGAUGAGCGUAAAGGAAAAGAUAAACAAACAAAAAAUAUAGCUGGAUUAGGUAUAGGGAGAACGUACGGAAAGAGAAGAGAUAGAUAUUAUAUAUUUAUUCCAAAUACUAACUUUAAGGAAACUUGAUAACUUCAGAAGUUUAUUCAAGCUACUUGACAUGAACGCAGAUGAGUAAUAAAAUCUCCAUUACAGACAUUGUGGAAUAUUGUCAAUGUUGUAACCUUGAA